CACUCACAGCAGUGGGAUGCGCUGGACAUAGCCUUCCCCAUCCCUGCCUGCAAACCAAUUAUCUGCUCGUGGUCUUGGUUUUCAGUCGGAUAGAUCUUACCGGAGACCCUCUAACGCACCUGCUUGGUCACACUAUGGCUACCUAUUGGCACAUGUCUCGUGAGCUUCUAGCUCAGCGACCAUCUAAUUUGCUCUAUGCGUGGUACUCAUGCUUUCCCCUGCCACGCCAGGCCUGAAGCGGGUUCUAUCGCAUUCGCUGUACGCGGAGAAUUGAUGACGGCACCACCGAGGCCUUGGGACUAACUACGAGGCUAUAAUAUAAGGAUGUGCUGUGGACCUGCUGCGGCUGCCCGCCGGUCGCACGCACCUCGAGAUCAGAUUCCUGCAACGCCGUCUUGAUCGUUAUAGUAGAAAUGGUUCGUGUUUCUGCUCUCUUUGGCGCUGUUGCGCUUGCUACGGCGGCGACGGCGGCUGCGGUGCAGGCAAAGGUGACUGUCACAAAGACAAGCUGUCCUACGCCGUUGCCAACGGUGGAUCUGGGGUACGGGUUGUGGAGUGCCUCGAUUAAUGACACUGGAAAGCACCCAUACUACACAUUUGGCAACAUCAGAUACGCUGCCCCUCCAGUUGGAGAUCUGCGCUUCAGAGCCCCUGUUCCGCCGACAGGCAGGAAUAAGACAGUCAACAAUGGGGCCGGCAAUCCCAUUUGCCCUCAAGCCAACCCAGCAUGGCUCUUGACUGCGCAGGCAUUCUUGACGGGAACGCCCAUUGAGAACCUAACCAGACCAGGCUCGGGCUCGGGCUCCGGCGGCGGCUUCAGUUUGGCUGAUAUCCCAAAGCCAGGCCCGGGGACGACUGAGGACUGCCUGUUUUUGGAUGUCUAUACGCCAAAGUCGAUUUAUGAGGCUCCGAAGAAAAACCCCAAGAAAGGUGGUGCCCCAGUACUUGUCUGGAUCUACGGCGGCGGAUACACUGCAGGUUCAAAGACGGGAAGCGGCAAUCCCGCCACUCUCCUUGACAGCGCCAGAGAUGGUGAUGAGAAGGGAAUCAUCUUUGUAGCUCUGAACUACCGAUUAGGCAUGUUCGGAUGGCUGUCCGGACCCACGUACCAGGCGAGCGGCACUGCCAACAUCGGUCUGCACGAUCAGCGUUUGGCGCUCGAGUGGGUGCAAACGAACAUCCACCUCUUCGGCGGUGACCCGAACCGUGUCACAGUCAUCGGUGAAAGCGCUGGCGGUGGAUCUAUCAUGCACCAGAUCACUGCCUACGGUGGGCUGAAGGGCAAGGUCCCAUUCCAACAGGCCAUCGCGCAGAGCCCCGGGUGGGUUCCAAGUCCGAGCAACUACCAGAACGAGGCCGUCUUUGAGAAGACCCUCAGCUUCGCAUCUCUUAUCGCCCAGAAGCAGGUCGCCACGGUCGAUGAUCUUCGCAACCUGACGGCCGAGCAGCUGUACUACACCAACUACGCCGUGACUGGUCUUUCAAACUACGGUACAUUCACCUACGGCCCAACCGUCGACGGAGACUUCGCCCCCAAGCUCCCCGCCGAGCUGCUCCUCCACGGUCAAUUCGACAAGAGCCUCAAAGUCAUGCUGGGCCACAACUCCGAAGAGGGCUUCCUCUUCGCCUCCCCCUUCGUCACCAACGAUACCACCCUCAAGGAGUACCUCCAAGGCUCCGUCCCCGCCAUCCUCCCCUCCGCCCUCGACACCAUCGUCACAGACCUCUACCCCCCCAACUUUGACGGCUCCCUCCCCUACACCACCCAGCUCUCCCGCACUUCCGUCCUCGUCUCCGAAUCAGUCUUCACGUGCAACACGCGCGCCCUCGACCUCGCCUACGGCAACAACACGUACAGCUACUACUUCAGCGUCCCCCCCGGACUACACGGCGAGGACGUAGCGUACACCUUUUUCAACGGGGACACGACGACGCCGAACCAGGGGUUGCCGGUUGAUAGGACGGUUGCGGAGGCGUUGCAGGAUUAUAUUACGAGUUUUACGAUGAAUGGGAAUCCAAAUGAGGAGGGCGUGCCGUUCUUCCCGCUCUAUGGGGGGAAUUCGAGUACCCAGGUUAUUAAUAUUGGGAAGUUGGGGACGCAGAUUACGGAUACGACCGCGAAUGCGAGGUGUGCGUGGUGGCAGAAGGCGUUAUAUUAUUGAGUAAUGAGUAAAUAAUGAUCGGAGGUGGUAUGGGGAGGGGUGGGCGGAACUAAUACAGAAUACUUGGUAGUAUAUAAAAUAUAUGAGUUUAUC